AUGCCAAUUGAUUAUUCUAAAUGGGAUAAGAUUGAACUUUCCGAUGAUUCAGAUAUUGAAGUUCAUCCAAAUGUUGAUAAAGCAUCAUUCAUUAGAUGGAAACAACAAGAUAUUCAUGAAAAACGUCAUCAAAGAAAUAUUGAAAUUAAAUCUAUAUUGAUUCAAUUGACAAUGUAUGCUAAAUUGAAUGAAAGAGUUGAUUACUUGCUAAACAACUUAACUGCUAAUGAAUUAUUAGAUUCUAAAAUUGUUUUAAAUAAAUUAAAUGAACAAUUUGAUAAAUUUGAAAAAUUUAAUUAUGAAAAAUUAAAGAAUGAAAAAGGAGAUCUGUUAAGAAAAGGGUUAAAAGAUUUACAAUUUGAUAGUGAAGAAGUUGAGAAUACUCCUUGUUAUAAUGAAAUGAUUGAAGAUUUAUUCAUCCAAAUCAAAGAUGAUCACCCUCAAGCUAAAUCUGAUGGUAAUAAAUUGAUUGAAUAUCUCAGGGAACAUAGAAAUAAAAUUGAUGAUGUAUUAUCUAAACAAACUAUAAAAUUAGAUGAGUUAUUAUAUCAGAAAUCAAUGUUGAUUAGUAGUGAAGAUAUUCAUACUGGAUUUGAUAGAUCGUUCUUAAAUAAGAAAGAUGAUAUUGAAGAACAACCACCAGUUCCAGUUGCACCCCCUAGUACAUCAACAAAGAAAACAGUAACAACCACAGAAACCAUCAAUGCUCCAUCAACCACAACUCCCCAGAAACCCAAAUCAGAUCAAGAAAUGCUUGAAGAAUUAGAACUCUUGCCAGCCACAGAAACCUUCUCAAAAAUCCCAUACACUGAGAUCACCGAAUCCGCCGAUUAUCUUAUUAAACACCCUUAUAUCUGUACUGAACAGCAAAAAGAUGCAUUAAUAAUGACAGCAUUCGAUGCUCAAUUAGAAUCCAAUUCAAGUCUUUGCAAGCAAAUCAUUCACCAAUCCUUAUUAUUACAAUAUAUUUCACAAUUAGCCGGUGCAGAACAUCCAACUACUGACCAAACCAUUCGUGCCGUUAAAUUAUUUUGUUCAAAAGUAGCCGAAAUGGGAAGUCCCGCCCGUCAAGGAUUUUUACAAGAUGUAGAGAAUACUUUCAAACAUAUUGAAAGUAGAUGUCAAGUAAUCAUAGCCGAACAAGCAGCCAAUGCACAAGAGGAAGGAAAUGGACAAGAAGAAUUGAUUCAAUUACGAGCAUUGGAUGAAAAUACUCAAUUGUCUGUCAAUAUUCCGAAAGAAGGUACUACUGAAUAUGAGAUUUUUAAAACUAAAUUACCAAAAGAAUUUCAGGAAGCUGUCAAGUCACAAUCUUUGGAUGAGGUAAAUAAGCAAUUUGCUAAAUUGAAAGUUGAAGAUGCUGAACAGAUUUUGGAAGUUUUUAAUGAAUGUGGUGUGAUUGGAAUUUCGGGAUAUUUGGAAGAUGAACAACUUAAACUUCUUAACUUUUUCCUUAUAUUAUCACUUGUUGUUUUAGUUGUUGUUCCGGAUCAACUGCAAGUACAGGAGCAACAACAACAAGAAAGUCAGAUCCCAUCUACUGAUAUCGUAGACUAA